AUGGGAGUGUUGGGGAUCACACACGUCUCCUCUGGGAGGGUGGGGUGCAGGGGAGCAUUCCAGGAAGUGCUUGUCUUCAUUCUGCUCCCAUGCUGCCUGACACUCCAAUGGGCAGCACCAAAUGUAUUCUCCAAUGAUUCUAUUCUCUGGGCCUGGAAUUCCCCCAUGGAAUUAUGUGCCAAUAAAUUUAAUGUGCCUCUAGAUCUGAAACUCUUUUCCUUAAUAGGAAGCCCCAGAAUACAGUCAAUAGGACACAGGAUUGUAAUAUUUUAUGCUACUAAACUUGGCCUCUACCCUUUUAUAAACGAAAACACAGACACAUGUGUGAAUGGUGGCAUCCCCCAGUUGGGAGAUUUAAAAGAGCAUUUGAUGAAAGCCAAGAAUGACAUUCUUUCUACGGUACGAGCAAACCAGACAGGCUUGGCUGUUAUUGACUGGGAGGAUUGGAGGCCCACUUGGGAUAGGAACUGGAAGCCAAAAAACAUCUACAAGGAUUUAUCUGUUGAGCUGGUUCAACAACAAAAUGCACAUCUCAGUAUCUCUAAUGCCACCAAGGUGGCCAAACAGGAUUUUGAAAGGGCAGGAAAGACUUUUUUUCUUGAAACUUUAAAAUUGGCUAAACAACUUCGUCCACAAUAUCUAUGGGGUUAUUAUCUUUUCCCUGAGUGUUAUAACCAUGGUUCCGCGAGACCUGGUUAUGACGGAAGUUGCUUUGAGAUAGAAAAGAGGAGAAACGACCAGCUCUUCUGGUUGUGGAAGGAAAGCACCGCCCUUUUCCCAAACAUGUAUUUGCACUCUCGCCUCAGUUCUACACCCCUCGCUGCGCUCUUUGUCCGGAACCGUGUUCAGGAAGCCUUUCGGCUUUCUGAUUUACGAGACCCAAAAGACCGAGUUCCCAUUUAUUUUUAUGCCCACCCAGUUUUUAAUGAUGUGCCUUCCAUGUACCUUUCUCAGUAUGACCUUGAGAAUACAAUUGGGGAAAGUGUUGCUUUGGGUGUCCCUGGAAUUGUUUUCUGGGGAGCCCACAAUUUGACACGAAACGCGCAAGCCUGCAUAAUCCUAGCCAAUUACCUGAGGACUACGCUGAAUCCUUACAUCAUCAACCUCACUUUAGCAGCCAAAAUGUGCAGCCAAGUGCUUUGCGAAGGAGCAGGAGUGUGUACCAGGAUAGACUGGAAUUCAACUGACUACCUUCAUCUGAACCCAAAGAACUUUGUUAUUCAAACCGGGAACGAUGGACAGUUUACAGUAAAUGGGAAACCCACCCUAGAUGACCUGAAGUAUUUUUCUGAAAAAUUUGAUUGCCGUUGCUAUGGAAGUGAUGUUUGCAAGUUGAGAGAUGUAGAAAAUACUAAUAUAGAUGGUAUUAAGGUGUGCAUUACAAAUGGUGUUUGUAUAGGCAGUUUGGUAAAGGAGAUAGAUGGAUUUCUCUUCAGCCAGCAAGGCCCAGUAGAAAGCAGGGAAGCUGAUGCGUGCCCUGACUCUGUUCUGCUUACUGAAGCUAUCCAAAACGUCAAGAAGACCUCGCAGAUUCCUGAGAAUGGCAACUACUGA